AUGGGAGAUGAAGCAACACGCUAUGAUCCGUACAUUCCAGCGGAAUCUGCAACAAAGUCAGCGGGUGCUGGGAGCUCGCGCACUGCUCAAAUCCAGGCUCAGAUCGAUGAGACCGUAGGUGUGAUGCGCGAUAACAUCAAUCGCGUCAAUGAACGUGGAGAAAACCUGGACGCACUUCAGGACAAGACAGACAAUUUGGCUGUUUCAGCUCAAGGAUUCCGUCGUGGUGCUAACCAGGUCCGUAAGCGCAUGUGGUGGAAGGACGUAAAAAUGCGUUUGUUAAUUGUACUUGCCAUCAUCAUCCUUUUGUGUGUCAUUAUCAUCCCUGCAGCUGUCACGACAACAGACAAAAAUGAUGACAAGAAUACGAAUAACAACAAAACAGCCUCCGAUAACGUAACCAGAUCGGGCAGUGCCGAAAACGCUCAGGCUACUUCUCGCUGA